UUGAGAUAAAUGAGGGAGCGACGCCGAGGCAAGAGUUUGUUGACCUCUGACCUGAAAGUUUUGGCGCGAAAUGGUGUGGCAGUAUGUGUCAACAUAUCAUUUGUUUAUCUGUGCGUUCUCUUCCGCGUAAUCGCCCCCAAGGAAAAAAUGCGAAAACUUGAUUGGUCAUAGAUGUAUGUUUGCAUGCGUGUGAUAAUAAAAUUCGCGUCAGUGCAUAGGGACACCCGUUUUUUUAACAGACGAAGCGAAGGGGGAGGGGGCGAGGUCCAGUCCCAAAAGUUCUUACAACAUUGUGCAAUGAAGAACCACCAAUAACAAUGAAGUAUGGCAUCAACAGACAAACAGUUUAGUCGUGAAGAAGCCCAUUUCCUUCUGAUGCACGGGAACCUUCCAUCUCCUGCUGUUUUCAAAGGCAUGGUUGAAGAUUGGCCGGCGUUAAAGUGGAGUCCAGCAAGAUUAGCUCAAGUGCUCGAAAAUAGAACUCUGCGAUUCCGCACAGGACCACGGAAUCCGGCGUCUAAAGAUGUACUGUGGGAGACGGACUGUGAGUACAUAGAUGCUACACUGCAGCAGUUCUGUGAGUGGUUAGACCCUGUCUCCUCGCCUGCACCCAGAGAAGAGUGUGUAACUGACAACAAAGAAAACAGUAACCCCUUCCAGCCCUACCACCCAGCACACACCUGGGCUUACCUGGACUACAAGUACAUGGCAGAAGUAUUCUGUGAUCAACCAGACAUUCUGCAGGGUGUGAGGUGGGAGGACUUUGGCUUCCCAGGUCGCACUGGCACGGAGAGUACGAUAUGGGUCGGCAGCGCGGGAGCACACACUCCCUGUCACUACGACACCUACGGCUGCAAUCUGGUGCUCCAGGUGUAUGGAAGGAAAAAGUGGGUUCUUUUCCCACCUGAAGACAGUGCAAAUCUGUAUCCUACACGGCUGCCGUAUGAGGAGUCCAGUGUGUUCAGUCAGGUGAACGUGGCUCAUCCUGACAUUCAACAGCAUCCUAAGUUGAUGAGCAGUCACCCCCAUGUUGUGAUUCUGGAGCCUGGCGAUGUUCUGUUCGUCCCUAAACACUGGUGGCAUUACGUGGAGUCCCUCAGCACCAGCGUAGCUGUCAACUCAUGGAUAGAGAUGGCCAGUGAUGCGGAGGAUCGUCUGCAGGAGGCUGUGGUCAGGCUGGUGCUACUGUCAAUCAAAUCUGAUGCUGACCAAUCACCGUGGCUUAAUCCAACAGAGAAUGUGACAUCUAGAGCAUCAAACCUGGGUUACCUUCAGGCAGCACUGGAAGAACUAAGAGCUAGAAAUGGACCAGGAUCCACUGGGGCCUCAAACUGUACCUUCGCUGGGGGAUGCCCUUUUCCUCAGGAGGACACUAAAACUACCCCACCUCCCAGCAAGAGGAGUAAACUGGAAGAUUCUAAUACUAGAACUGAAGCAUCUGAUCGCACCAACUCUUAUUCAACUCCAUCCUCUUGGUUUGGGCCGAACCUCGUACCUGUGCUACCGUGUAAAGAUUAUAUCACAGACAAACUGUGUAGCAUGCAGGCUAGUGAUGUUACUGCAGACAAGCUGAGUCAGGAAAGGACUUCAGUAGCUGUAAGACCAGCAGAUUCAUCAGCAGCAGCUAAACACACUGCAGUACAGCACACUGCAGAAAUGACUGCAGGAGAAAGUAUGACAACAAAAAGACGUGAAGUAGCAAAAACUGCAGAACAAACUACAGCAAAACAGACUCCAGAUGAACAUAUGUCUUCAUCAGCAAAGGUUAAGGCAUGCUUAGAAGGCUCAGAGAGUGCAGACAUGUCCAGGAGCAUGGAGCAGGACAGGGGAUUGCGGGAACUAGAGAGCACUAUUGUGAACUGUUUGGUACAGCCACAUGUUGUGCAAGAAGUUGCCAAGCUACUGAAGGAAAGGCUUAGGUUGUCAUAGAAUUUACCAUGAGAAAUCUUGCUGGAAUUUUAUUGAUCCAUUGGACAUUGAUUGCAUGAAAUGUCAAUUGCUUACUAGACUUCGAAAAUACAAUAUUUUUUGUGGUUUAUUGUAUUAUAAAGAGAGCUUGUGAAAUGCUUUAAUCACAGUGGAACUGUUUCCUAAGCAAGCAAAAUUAUGAAAAAACACAAUAAAUAUUGUGACAUACAUGAAGUUUGUAUUGUAAAAUCACUUAAAAACUUAAACAAGUACAUGUACUGUUAUUAUAUAUAAUAAAA